CCACACGGGAGCUACCCCAUGCAGCGUACCCGACAUUGCAUUGCGAGCCACCAGCUCGUUUCCUGACCCGCAUUUUGUGCGUCGUGGAGCCAUCUCCCCUCGGAGCCAGCAAACGACGGUUUAACGCGUGGAGCACCGCUCUAAGGCCUGAGGCCACCGCGCUUCCUGCUCUUUGGAUCGCUUGUCGCAACUCUCUGGAUGAGCCACGCGCAGACGCCUAACGCCUGUUCUGAAGUCGCACGCAGUCAGCCUCUGUCCGCCUCCAUGUCUACCAGUUCGCAGCAAUACAGAAGCGCCAACCCUCACUCGCACUACCAGCACUACCACAGCAACCACGAUCAAGCAUACACUAAUUAUACAGAGCCAUGGCAGGACAGCAACCACGGCUCGUACACCGGCCCGUCGUCGGUCCCGCUGCUGCAAUACCCGCACGCCGGACUGAGCUCCGACUUUGCCAGGCCGUCGCAGCCUCCCACUCCACAGACGUGGAAUGCUGCCUAUGCGCAACCAAGUGAGCAGCCGUGGAACGCUUCGGUGAGCGACCGUGUGAACGAGCAGAGCUUCGAGCCGCGCUUAGGUGGCUCCUAUGACACCGCUGAGGGAGGCGCCUCUGUGCAACACACCUCUAACGCUGCGCGGCCGUACCCACAUCAGCACCCUCAGCAGGCGUCGACGGCGGAGCACGACCAGCCCCUGACCUCGCCCGACGAUGCGUUCAGGGACACAGAGCGCUUCACCGCGUUGCGCAUCACCUCUGAAUCACCUGCCACGCCCAUCGAUCCACCUUUUGCGACCCAUGGGCGGAGGGUGCAUUCGAUCCCGCAUCCAGCACACCAUGCCGUGUCAGAACCGAGCGCAGAGCAGACUCACGCUGUGUUGCAGGCCUCAACGCCGUGGGGAACCGCGACCACAUUAGCGCCCACCGAACACCAACACUACGCCUCCCAUGCCAACAGUGCACUAUCAUCGACCGUGAUUACCAGCAGGCCGGCCAAUGUCCAGAGUACGCAAUGGACGACCGCGCACACCAGCGGCAUGCCUCCUGCUCCUCCAUUCUACGGCCACAUCCAGGCCGAGGCGCAGGAAUGGCCUCUGAUAGCUGCAAUCCCGGAACAGAGGACUUUCGAGCUCGAAAGCACUCAAGCAGACCCAUCAUCAGAGGUCUAUGCGCACAUUAACCGUCGGCCUGGUAGCAAGAAGAAGCCUGCAAAGGUGCCGUCAUCAUAUGUCGAGAGACAGGAAAAGAUGAAGGUGUCAAAGCGCAAAGGCCCGCUACCGGAGAAGCAGCGAGAGAAGACCCACACGAUGCGUAAAACAAAGAGGAUAUGCGUCCGUUGCAGAUUCUACAAAUCAGGCUGUGAUGAGGGCGACCCAUGUCAGAAGUGUAGCAAGAUUGAAGGACAUGCCCGGUCUUUCCGUGAGCCGUGCUACAGGGAGCACUUGGAAGACACGAGUAUCAUCCGUCGAUGCAAUGGUCGCGAGCAGCAAGAAGAAGCCGAGUUUCUAGGCUACGACUGGAAACCGGGAAGUCAGCUCUGGGAUAUGGACAUCCUGUGGAAUCUGCCAGGCUAUGGCCGUAUACCGAAUGCUAUGCCCAUGCGUGUCGCCUUUCGGCCCUACUCUCCAAGACGAGGCCGUCUUGACACGGCGAGCUCGGUAUGGACUACUAAAGAGGGCGAUGUUUACGCCAUCGAGCAGCCAGCAUACGCCAUAUACGACACGGCGAGCUUGGUCACUGCAUUCGAGCGAUACUUCUCAAGUUUACAACCUGCCAUCGAGGCCUGGAUCUUUGAUCGUAUUCAAAACGACAAGAUCGCCACCCAGACGUACCGAGAAGUGUUUCGAAUGCGGAGUGUGCAUGGCUCCCGGGCUCUUGAUCUUGCUAUGCGCUUGCAAUGUCUAUCGGUCGUGUCUCAAGGCUACGGAACGGUAUGGUCAAACGACAUUCCGGGGAUACGCGAGUAUGACUACCGUCGUCUUGGACGAAGCGGCUACGAAGCGUAUGACCGAGAUUCCCGCGAUAGACCAUUGCCUGGCGCAAUCACGCACCAGAUGGAUGUUGCUGCUGUCAAGUACCUACGCAAGCUGGAGAAGUUGUUUGUCAAAGAGUUGGCAUCUCUUAUCUUUAAACCGAAGAUCAAGCCGUGGUAUGAGCUUUUUUUGACUUUCUACAUCAUCUUUUGGAACCUCGAAUACAUCAACCAGGGAGCGAAAGGCUACAUGAAGUCGAAGAAUGGCACCCUCAUCGAACACUCAGUCAACAACGUCGUCAGCAACCAAGUCAAGAAGUGGGAGUUUGCGUUUCCAGUCUUGCUGUAUCAUUGGCGUUGUACUCUUCGCGGUUACUCGCCCUUCAAACUCGCACGUGACAACCCAGAAGAGUUGCGCGAGCGUGGACACAUCGAUGCAGAAGGGUUUGCAUAUGUCACGGAAAUCGCAAGGAUCUUCGAUAGACAGAGCCCUGAUCGGUUUCAGCCACCGCUUACUGGAUUUUCUGCAACCCACCAUUCGUUCUCAAGCGAAUGGAUCACUCAGUUGUUCAAGGAAGCUGGGGCCUAGCAUCAUCUGAACCAUGCCACAAAGACCGCAUCUCAGCAAACAAGAAAGGAAUGAUUCUCAGUUCGGUUUCCAUAUGUUGAGCAAGACUGUCAAAAGCCGGGUCCAUUUCAGUAUGUCAAGAAUCAGACUCCUGUACGAUGAAGUAUCAUGUAAUUAACCUGUAUAUGCAGCCAGAGACCAUGAGCGAUUGAAUGAUAAAAGUCAGGACUGCCUCCCAAGUGCACAAACUAUACUCCUUACUUGCCCAUGAAACGUGGUAAAUGCCCGAAACGAACGCGUGCUCCCAUGCUGUCAGAAUUACCAC